GCGCGGCCGGCGAGUAACGCGCAGCGCGGCCCCGCCGAGCGCGCUCAGUCGCCGGGCAGCGGCCGCCGCCACCGGAGCGCCGCCGUCCCCCCGGCCACCAUGCUGGACCGCGAGGGCGGCUGGAGCGUGUCCUUCGCCGGCUGCGGCUUCCUGGGCGUCUACCACAUCGGCGCCGCCACCUGCCUGCAGGAGCGCGCCCCGCACGUCAUCCGCGACGCGCGGCACAUCUACGGCGCCUCCGCCGGGGCGCUCGCCGGCGCCGUCCUGGUCGGGGGCGGCUCUCUGGCUCAGGCUUGUGCAGAUGUUCUGGCAUUAGCCAAAGAAGCUAGAAAGAGAAAUCUUGGUCCUCUUCAUCCUUCCUUUAAUGUGAUAAAGAUAAUAAGAGAUGGGCUGAUGAGAAACCUUCCAGAAAACACGCACCAGUUGUCAUCUGGCAGACUGUGUAUUUCACUCACCAGAGUAUCAGAUGGCAAAAAUGCCUUGAUAUCUAAUUUUAACUCUAAAGAAGAAGUUAUUCAGGCUUUAAUUUGUAGUUCAUUUGUUCCUAUUUAUUGUGGCCUCAUUCCACCAUCAUUUAGAGGUGUGCGCUACGUGGACGGAGGAAUCAGUGACAACUUGCCUCACUAUGAGUGUAAGAACACCAUCACAGUGUCCCCUUUUGCUGGGGAGUGUGACAUCUGUCCCAAGGGGAAGUCAGCCAACUUCCAUGAGAUGAAUGUGACCAACACCAGCAUUCAGUUCAGCCUGGGCAACCUUUAUCGCCUAACACAAGCGCUCUUUCCACCCGAACCCAAGGUACUCGGAGAGAUCUGUGAGCAGGGAUAUUUGGAUGCUCUUAAAUUCUUGAAGGAGAAUGGUAUUCUGAAUGACUCCAUUUAUAUCCACUUGUCCUUCACAAAAAGAAACCCUCAUGAGACUGCACAACAACACAUUGACCAUGGGAAGAGAAGAAAAUUGACAGAAAAUAACAGAGUGGAAACUUUGAAAAUGACCAGCUUAAAUGACCAGCUAAAGCAAAAUCCAUGGCCUUUGGAGAAGAGCAUAUUUGAGAGUCUACCUCCCAGACUUCGUAAAGCACUGCAGGAAGCUUGUAAGGAACAGAAUGGACUCUAUGCUCAGUUCUCCAAACUCUUCCCCAUGCGGGUGAUCUCCUACCUGAUGCUGCCAUACACACUGCCAGUGGAGUCUGCUUACUCAGUUGCUUUACGCUUGGUGAACUGGUUUCCUGACAUGCCUGCCGACGUUCGAUGGAUGCAGGAGCAGCUUUUUCGGAUUGCUGCCACGGUUUAUGCCCAGGCUAAAAGCAAGCUGUUCUGUACAGCCAGGAAAGACAAUUAUGCAUCACUAAGAAAAUGUCAAACUGUCCCACCUACUGUGGAAUUUCGUUCUUCAUACUGCCACCUUAAAAUGCCUCACUCUGCUGCACACAUUGAGAGCUGGCUCUGGGAAUCUUCUUGCUUCAUGAACUCAGCUAUGAAAAAUGCCCCUGCUGAUAUCCAGGAGCAGUCAGACUUAAAGUCCUAUCCUAAUUUCCUCCCAAAUCCUGAUGAGUCUGCGUUGGAAAUGGAUGUUGACUCUUCCUCAGAGACAAGUUUCCAAACUGCUCCAGAGUAUUAAUUGGGAAGUAGAUUCCAUAGUUUCCAAAAUUGAAAUCUGGCAGAGAAAAUUAAAACCUAGGCUAUGGAUCACUUCAUUUUUUGCCAAUAAAUCUUGAGAAAUUACUUGUUUACAGCUUCCUGACAAAUCUGCCUUGGGAAUUUUACUGUUUUAAGGAUUAUGAAAACAGUGGCUGCUAUACUAAGUAACAGAUUAUAGCUCUGUCGAAGCACCAGCUCAAUCAGCUGUACUAAGACUUGUAAUUAAACUGUGUCUCUCUGGAAAGAAAUCUUUUUAAAAAUUACUUUCAGCAUAAAACUGUAAAUUCUGUAAACAGAUUGUUAGACAAACAAGCAUAGAUAACAGAACAUUUUUUAAAAUUCUUAACAAUAUUAUGUGUUAGCAUUACUUUUAUAGCACUUAAAUGAAAUUGGACUUUUACUCCCUUAAGAGGAAUAGACAAGUGAGUUUCUUAGUGGCCUCCAGUGUCCAUUUGCCUUAUAUUUAAACAUGCUGUUGUGUUUAUGGAAAGUUGUCUGCACAAGAUACUGUAGGAACAGUAUUCUUUAGGUUGUUGUGUGUACUCUGCAGUUCCUAUUACCUUUCCUCUGUGUCUCUUUCCCUCCUGAAAUACUUCAGGUGAAAAUAACAUGAGAAAUGGGGCACCUUCCCCUGAAGUGUAAACAGUUUCAGUGACUUCGGAGGACUAUAUUUUUUUUUUUUUUGAACUUAAUAUAAAGGUUUAAUACUUGAUCAAGUACUGAAAAGUAGGUAAAAUAGUGACUGUGGUUAGUAGCAAACACUAUGUGGAGAAGGUGUUAAAUUUACAGAAGAUGUUAACAAAAAUCAAUGUAUAGCAAGUGGUGAAUGAUGUUUAGGUUGUGUCUCUGAUUGUUGCCCGAUCAUUUUUUAUUUUUUUCCCCUCCAGUUUCAGAGAUUUUUCUUUCCUUCUUUCACUUCCCUGUUGCUAAAGGAAGAGGAAGGUGUCCCUCCUGUCUCAGUGAGGUACAAUAACCCAAAGGAAGUUUCCCAAGAUUGUCAGGAGCAGCAAAAGUGUAAGACGUGGUGGAAAUAUCAAUAUUCAGGGAGUUCUGCAGAGGUCUCAAUUAAUAGGUUGAAAAUUUAGCCAAAUCAUACCUCUAUUUAGAGUUGGCAGCUUAAACCAUUUCCACUACAAAGGUUCUGCAUGAUUUCAACAAAGACAAUGCUUUAGUGGAUGAGGGCAUGUGGGAAGGAAAGUGAUGUUAGGAUUAAUUACUCUCCUAAUGUCUUAUCAGGUCUUAUACAAUGUUUAAGCAGAAGGAAACAAUAAUGGCUUUGAAGUUGAUUUGCACAUAUGUUUGGGGUAUGUGAUCUUGGGAACCUUCUCAUUCAAAAGAAGGAAUUCUGUGCAACCCAGGGAAGAGCUGCUUGAGGGCCUCUUGUCCAGGGAAAGGGGUUGGGUUGUGAUGCUCAGGAGCUGGGACGUGGGAGUGUGAGCUUUGGGAAAAAUAUAGCACUUGAAUUGGGUCUUUCAAACAGUCUCAAUUGGGAUUUCCCUAAGCUUGGAGUGCUGCAUUUUACAAUAUUCAAAUUUUAGCUUGGGGAUUUUAGCCUGGGGAGGCAGUGCUCUCUAUUUCUGUACUCUACAAGGCUGGUGCUACUUUACUUCAGCUCUUCAGCUGUUCAUUUCUUGGGUGUAUAUAUUGUCAGACUUGCAAAAAAAAAAAAAGUCGAAAUUGUUACUCUAACUACAAUUAAAAUAUACAAGAACUGUUUUAAAUUGUCUUCAUUCAUUCAUUUCCCAGUUUAUGUUCGAAUUGAAGCAAGAAUGCCAAGUUUUGCUUUCUGUCUUUGUUGGAACACUUCUAUUAAGUACAUUUAAAUCAACCUUAACCACAUUUUCUGUUGGGCACGGCUCCCAUUUUGUCUCCUUUUUCUAAAAUAAAAACACAAUCUCUUCUGUUACCAUGGUCUCUGAGCUUCCUUGGGUGUAAUUCACCCUAGUGCAACUUAAAUCAGAAUGUGUUGAUGUCAUUGACUGUUCUGAGGGUUUUUUUAAGAGUACUACUCUGAAGUUUGAGAGGUGUU